AUGUCUUUUCUCAGGACAGCUCGGCCAUGCCAGGCAAAUAGAGCCUGCAGUUUUUAUCUGCAAAGCGUCCAAUCCCAAAAACGACACUUUAGCCGGACACAAUCUAUUUCCGCACCUAUUACCGCAGAACAAGUCCAAGGCGCUCACAAAUAUUGCGUUGCUCUUCUCUCAAAAUAUGACCGCCCCUCCUACACACUGAGUACCUUCAUCCCACGACAUGCGCAAUCCUUCUAUAUUGCGCUGCGCGCAUUAAACGUCUCCCUCUCCAUGAUACCCGACACCACCUCCUCUCCCACAAUCGGACUGAUGCGACUUCAAUUCUGGCGCGACUCAGUAACGAAGAUCCUUGCCGGCACACCACCCAAAGAACCCGUCGCUAUCUUGCUUGCAUCCGCCAUCUCUGAACUCCACGAGCGCACGCAGGGCCGCGCGCACAUAAGCAAGGGUUGGCUGACCCGUAUAAUUAACUCGCGGGAGCGAACCCUAACAAAUGACCCAUACCCAAAUAUCGCCGCGCUGGAGUCCUACGCCGAGAAUACAUACUCGACACUAAUGUACCUCACUUUGUCGGCAUUGCCCAUGGCCUCGAUAACUGCAGAUCAUGUUGCAUCUCAUAUUGGAAAGGCAGUGGGGAUUGCGGCUGUGUUACGUGGACUGCCGUUUGUUGCGUUCCCUACGCCACCUGCUCAAGCGCCUCCUGGGGCUGCGGGUUCCGCGCUAGGAGGGGGUGCGAAACAAGGAGCCGUAAUGUUGCCUCUAGAUGUUAUGGCACAAGCUGGUGUUAAAGAGGAGGAUGUCCUUCGAUAUGGAGCUCAAGCAGAGGGUCUCCGGGAUGCAGUCUUCACUGUUGCGACACGGGCAAGUGAUCAUUUGAUUACUGCGCAGCAGAUGUUGAACAACCUCCGCGCCGGGGAGGAUGUCGGCCAUGACUUUGAGCAUGAAGGCGAAGAGGGUCAUGAAUACGACCUUUCCCCUAGUGCUCGGAGCAGCGAGUCACCACUCGAAGAGGUCAACCGGGCAUUUGGCGUUUUCUUACCGGCGGUCGGCACGCGCAUGUGGCUGGAUCGCCUUGAAAAGCAAGACUUUGAUGUUUUCAGCCCGGAUUUGCUUCGGUCAGACUGGAGACUUCCGUGGAAGGCUUAUUCGGCCUAUCGACGGAAGUCUCUGGAAUAA